GCCACGUAUGUGUCGGCAAAAUGAUGUAGAGCAGUUCAAUUCAGGCCAACAGCUUCUCAACUGAUGAAAGUUGACUAAAGGCAGCCCCAUUUCCUGACUUUGUGCUCCUAAAGCUCUCACCUUUUUCAUCGUCUCCUUCUUCACAUUCAUAUCCUCUGCAUCAAAAACCUUCAUCAAUUUUAGCUUUCAACCCAAUUCUUUGAUUCUUUGCCCACUUCAAUGGCGGCAGAGCCUGCAUCUUCAGGAACCCAAACGAGAGUGAACUCCAGGCGGAGCUACAACGUGGUGCACCCAGUGGACAUAGAGACACCUCCACUAGCUUCUCCAGCUCCAGCUUCAUCCCCUGAUGUGUAUCGAGAGGUCAAGCAUUUCAAGAAGUGGGUUGUUUGGCUGAUACCUGUUUUUGUUGUUGCCAAUGUUAUUAUGUUCAUCAUCACCAUGUAUGUCAACAACUGCCCCAAGAACUCGAUCAAUUGCAUUGCCACGUUCUUGGGUAGGUUCUCCUUUCAGCCGUUUAAGGAGAACCCUCUUCUUGGACCAUCAUCUUCCGCGCUACAGAAGAUGGGGGCUUUAGAUGUAAAUAAGGUGGUUCACAGACACCAGGGGUGGCUUCUCAUCACUUGCAAUUGGUUACAUGGUGGUGUUUUCCAUUUAUUGGCAAAUAUGUUGAGCCUUUUGGUUAUUGGGUAUCGGCUAGAGCAAGAAUUUGGCUUCGUCCGGAUCGGGUUGCUAUAUGUCAUCUCUGGACUUGGUGGGAGUUUGUUGUCUUCGCUUUUCAUCCAAACAAACAUCUCUGUUGGUGCUUCUGGUGCUCUUUUUGGGUUGCUGGGAGCCAUGCUUUCUGAACUUAUCACUAAUUGGACAAUAUAUGCUAGUAAGUUUGGAGCACUUUUCACCCUCCUGAUCGUCAUAGCAAUCAAUUUGGCAGUGGGAAUUCUCCCACACGUUGACAACUUUGCUCACAUUGGAGGAUUUCUUUCGGGUUUUUUUCUCGGGUUUGUGUUUCUUAUCCGCCCCCAGUUCGGGUGGGUUAACCAAAGAUAUGGUCCUCCAGGAUACGCAUCAUCUCAAGCUAAAUCAAAGUUCAAGACCUAUCAGUGCAUUUUGUGGGUCCUUUCUGUGAUCAUUUUAAUUGUUGGGUAAGUCAUGCUGUUUCAUCU